CAACGUGUCAAGUCGCGGAUCGGAUUUCGAUCAGGUGAAUACGAGUCAACCUGUAAUGCAUAUAUACACCUGAAGUUGUCGCAGUUGAUCUAUUGGAUAGUUUCAGAAGCCUCUGCUUUUUGGCGAACAGCGGAAUGGAUUCUCUGGCGGAAAUCAUAGCGGGGAGAUUACCCAAGGAUUUAGCUGAGCAAGUGAAGUCAGGCAAAAGCGCAAAUGAGUAUCUUCGCCAUCUUCGAGAGCUACAGGUCGACUCUCUGUCUUCGGAAUCAGCUACUCUCAAUUCAAACCUCCAGUCGAUUGAUCGAUCAUUGACCAAGUUGGCUAUCGAAUCUCGCCCAAAUCUGAUUGCAACCUCUGCUACUCUAGAGUCGUUUACCAAAGGCUUCAAUUCUCUGACAACGUCACUCCCCGAUCUUUCACAUGCUAUGCCGAGUCUCGAAGAGGACGUCGUUCAGUUUGAGCCUAUCAACGAUCGCGGAGCAUCUGCCACUUUGUUCAGUAACGUGGACAAGGUGCUAGACAUAUUAGAGCUACCGACUCUGAUACUUACGUGUGUGCGCAACGGAUAUUAUGCUGAAGCUUUAGAUCUGGUUGGGCAUGUCAGAAGGCUGGCAAUACGUUACCGCAAUGCCAAAGUUCUUGCGAUGAUCCAGGACGAGGUAGACAAGGCGCUACUGGAGAUGACAACUUCGCUGCUGAGGCUCCUUAGAGAGAAUGUUCAACUACCAACGGCCAUCAAAGUCAUUUCAUAUCUCAAACGUCUCCAGCCAUUUCAGUCUUCUGAGAAUUCUGUGUUGGAACUACAGCAUAUAUUUCUAUUGUCGCGCUCGAUCCACCUGAAAAGUCAAUUGAAAUCUCUGGAGCCGUUGCAGUCUCUCCCCGAAAAGUAUCUGAGACGCUAUAUAGAAUUUUUCAGAGAAUUCGUUUUCGCGGCAAUCAUUGGCUUCCGAUCUAUUUUUCCUAAAGAAGGAGAUACGGGCCCUAUCAGAGACAGAGUGGAUGAUCAGCUGCUACACGAUGAAUCGAAGAGUACGAUAAGAGAAGCUGCAGGUGUUACCGUCGAUAGUGGUGAACAGUUGUUGUCAUCAUUUAUCUAUGUGGUGACUAUUGAAUUACGGCAGACUGUAAAGCAGUAUCUGCCCCUGAUUUCUGAUAAAUCGGUCUACUCGGCUUUAUAUUUACAGAUAAUAUAUGCUUCACAGUCUCUCGCGAGAGUUGGGGGCGAGUUUUGGAGUAUUCUGGCAGACGAUGAGGAUCUACAGUUUUAUGCUUCUGGUGACGACAAAAAUCCUUGGAUCUCGGCACUGGAGAAACAAAGGGAAUUGUCCAAAAAAUUAAAGCCAAGUUAAGAAUAUGGAAGGAAUCUAUCAUGUACUAAAAUACACUCAUA